GGGGGAUGUGGUCACGUGAACGCGCGGUGCCGUGUGGGCGUGGGCGUGGCUAAACGGAGGAGGACCGCGUUGGGGACUGAGCGGAGGGAGCGGAGUCGCGCGGAGCGGAGAGUGGGGCACAGCGGCCAUGAAGCUCAACAUUGAUGGUCUUCUUGUCGUCUUUCCCUAUGACUACAUCUACCCCGAGCAGUUCUCCUAUAUGCAGGAGCUCAAGCGGACCCUGGAUGCGAAGGGCCAUGGUGUCCUGGAGAUGCCAUCAGGGACCGGGAAGACAGUGUCACUGUUGUCCCUCAUCGUCGCAUACCAACGGGCGCGGCCGCUCGAUGUCACCAAACUCAUCUACUGCUCACGAACUGUUCCAGAGAUUGAGAAGGUGGUGGAGGAGCUCCGGAAGCUUCUAGAUUUCUACGAGAAGGAGUUGGGCGAGAAGAUCCCGUUCCUGGGAUUGGCGCUGAGCUCCCGCAAGAACCUCUGCAUCCACCCCGAGGUGUCGUCCCUGCGGUUUGGCAAAGAGGUGGAUGGGCGCUGCCUCAGCCUCACGGCGUCCUACGUGCGUGCCCAGCGCCAGCACGACCCCAGCAUCCCCGGCUGCCGCUUCUACGAGGAUUUCGACACCCACGGGCGUGAGGAGCCAAUCCCGUUCGGUGUCUACAACCUCGACGACCUCAGAGCCUUCGGGCGCCGCACGGGCUGGUGCCCCUACUUCCUCGCCCGAUACUCAAUCCUGCACGCCAACGUCGUGGUUUACAGCUACCAUUACCUGCUGGAUCCCAAGAUCGCUGACCUUGUCUCCAAGGAACUCGCCCGCAAAUCCGUCGUCGUGUUCGAUGAGGCCCAUAACAUCGACACAGUGUGCAUCGAUGCGAUGGGGGUGACGCUGACGCGCCGAACGCUCGACCGCUGCCACAGCGCUCUGAACACGCUGCACACCAACAUCCAGCGGCUGAAGGAGACGGACGCGCAGCGGCUGCGGGAGGAGUACCAGCGGCUGCUGGAGGGGCUGCGCCAGACGGGCGCUGCGCGCGACACCGACCUCUUCCUUGCCAACCCCGUCCUGCCCGAUGCCAUCCUGCAAGAGUCCAUUCCGGGCAGUAUCCGUACGGCCGAGCACUUUGUGGGGUUCCUGCGGCGGCUGUUGGCAUAUCUGCGGGCAAGAGUGCGGGGGCCACGCGUGGUUCAGGAGAGCCCUCCUGCCUUCCUCAAGGACCUCUACGAGCGUGUCUGCAUCGACCGCAAGCCCUUACGGUUCUGUGCUGAGCGGCUGCAGUCGCUCCUGCGGACGUUGGAGAUUGCAACCAUCGCCGACUUCACCCCUCUCGCGCUCCUCACGACCUUCGCCACCCUUGUCAGCUCCUACAGCCGAGGUUUCACCAUCAUCAUUGAACCCUUUGAUGAGCGAAACCCGAGUGUCGCGAACCCUGUCCUGCACUUCAGCUGUAUGGACGCCUCCAUCGCCAUCAAACCCGUCUUCGAGCGCUUCCAGUCCGUCAUCAUCACUUCAGGGACUCUCUCCCCGCUGGACAUGUACCCCAAAAUCCUGGAUUUCCGCCCUGUUACCAUGGCAACGUUCACCAUGACGCUGGCCCGGACCUGCCUCUGUCCCAUGAUUGUGAGUCGCGGCAACGACCAAGUGGCCAUUAGCUCCAAAUAUGAGACCCGCGAGGACAUCGCUGUUGUGCGGAACCUCGGGGCGCUGCUGGUGGCACUGGCGGCCGUUGUCCCCGAUGGCCUCGUUGCCUUCUUCACCAGUUACGGCCACCUUGAAGCCACUGUGGCCGCCUGGUACCAGCAGGGGAUCCUGGAGAACAUCCAGCGCAACAAACUGAUCUUCAUCGAGACUCAGGAUGGCGCUGAGACCAGCGUUGCCCUCGAGAAGUACCAGGAGGCGUGUGAGAACGGUCGCGGCGCUGUCCUUCUGUCUGUGGCCCGAGGGAAAGUGUCUGAGGGCAUCGACUUCGUUCACCACUAUGGCCGUGCUGUCAUCAUGUUUGGGGUUCCCUACGUCUACACCCAGAGCCGCAUCCUGAAGGCGCGGCUGCAGUUCCUGCGGGAUCAGUUCCAGAUCCGAGAGAACGACUUCCUGGCGUUUGAUGCAAUGCGCCACGCGGCACAAUGUGUGGGGCGGGCGCUGCGUGGAAAAGCUGACUACGGCCUCAUGGUCUUCGCUGACAAGCGCUUUGCCCGCGCCGACAAGCGUGGGAAGCUGCCGCGCUGGAUCCAGGAUCACCUGACAGAUUCCAACCUCAACCUGACGGUGGACGAGGCUGUACAGGUCGCCAAGUUCUUCCUGCGCCAAAUGGCUCAGCCGUUCCGGCAGGAGGACCAACUGGGGCUGUCGCUGCUGACUCUGGAGCAGCUGCAGUCAGAUGAGGUGCGGGAGCGGAUCGAGCGGAUUGCCCAACAGGUCUGAGCCGGCAGCGGAUCCCGGAUCCCUGUUGGGAUCCUCCUCUGUCACCAAAGCAAACGGAUCCCCCUCCUCCAACUCCUGGAUCGGAGCUUCAUCCUCCUCGGGAAACCAGAUCCCCUUCACACACGCCAAUCGGGGGGGAUCCACACAAUUCGGAGCAGGAUCCAGAUCCCCCAGAUUUAGAGCGGGAUCUGGAUCCCCCCCAAUUUGGAGCAGGACACAGAUCCCCCAGCUCACUUGGAACAGGGCUGGGCUCCCCUUGAUUCAGAGCAGGAUCUGGAUCCACCCAAUUCAGAGCAGGAUCUGGAUGCCCCAUCUAGCUCGGAACAGGGUCGUAAUCCCCCUGAUUUGGAGCAGGAUCCGGAUCCCCCUGAUUUAGGGCAGGAUCCAGAUCCCUCUGAUUCAGAGCAAGAUCCAGAUCCCCCUGAUUUGGAGCAGGAUAUGGAUCCCCCCAGUUUGGAGCAGGAUUUGCUGCAAUUCCCUAUUUUUUUGUACUUCCCUUCCCCCAAUAAACGGGGACCCCCGGCUUGUUCCCUGCUGUGUUUCUGCA